AUGCGUGUCGCUUAUAUCCGCGGGGCUGGAGCGUCCAGCGGCAUGGCGCGGCUUCAGGCGUCAAACCCUCUGUUGUUUGUAGGAUUCAGCCUCUUAUCAGAUCUGCACGGUCACUCCCUCCCUCAUCUGACAAGCAGUCAAUAGUGCUCCAGGCUCUCGACCCCACCUCUCACAUACGUCUUACUCACCUCUCUCCCUCCUGCUCCCCUUCACUUCUCGUAUCUCUCAGCUAUUCAGUCAGAAUUAAAGAUGUCCUGGACAUACGUGACCCUCCUGGCUCUCCUCACUGUGCUUCUUGCACUUUCCUUGUCCCCAGAGGCCGACUCUGCAGCUGUGCCCAGCAGCACAGGCACUGCUAAAGAUCCACAAGGUCCUCUGAAGAGGAUCUUCAUGAAAGAGGCAGAUGCUUCAAACUUCUUCAGAAAACGCAGCAGACGGGGGGCGAAGUCCCAGGAUGAGCUCAACGCUGAGCAGAGGCAGAUUUUGGCUGCAGAUGAACGAAAGAGAGAGUUCCACGAGGAGAAGAGAAACGAGUUCGAGAGCUAUGCUGAAGAGGAGGAUGACGAGCAAAACGAGAGAACCAGAGAGAGCACCGAGCAGUGGAGGGAGUUCCACUAUGACGGGAUGCAUCCUCCCCACGAGUACAACCGUCACUCCAUCUGAGACUGGAGGGGGGCAGUAAGAGGAGAGACGUGACCCCGACAGCUGCCCGGUCUUUAGGAGACAAACAUCCUUAACUAUGAAGCGAUGCUUUUCACAAGAACAUGACUGCUAACACAGCAAAGACAUCAGCUACAGAGUGUUUGUAAUCCUGGUUCUGUUGACGCUGGCUUUACCUCCUCAGUGUGUGGCAUCCCAGAGACCCCACUGCUGUGUGUGAAGACAAUAACAAUAUAUCACUGCCAAAUGUUUUCCUUUUUCAUCAUUUUUAUGUCUUUUCUUCUAAACUUCUUAAAACACAACAUGUAGGAAAGUGUUGAAAUGGUGACCCCUCCAUUUGUCAAACCUUUGUUCAUUUAUUCGUAUUUGCCUGCAACAAACAAUUAUCACUUUAGUUUAAUCACCUGAUAAAGUGCUGCAAU